AUGCCACCCAAGGAUGACAAGAAGAAGAAAGAUGUCAGAAAGUCAGCCAAGAAAGACAAACAUUCUGUGAACAAAUCAAGGGGCAAGGCCAAAAAGAAGAAGUGGUCCAAAGGCAAAGUUCGGGACAAACUCAAUAACCUAGUCUUAUUUGACAAAGCAACAUCUGACAAACUCUGUAAAGAAAUUCCUAACUAUAAGCUUAGAACUCCAGUUGUCAUCUCUGCGAGACCAAAGAUCUGUGGUUGCCUGGCCAGGGUAGCCCUUCAGGACCUCCAUAGUAAAGGACUUAUGAAACUGACUUCAAAGCACAGAGCUCAAGUAGUUUACACCAAAAACACCAAGGGUGCUGGUAAAGAUGCAUGA